AUGGCGAAGUCUAGUCAUACCACUACCUUCACAGCCAAGGAUGGAACACUCUACAUUCUAGCCAUGCUCCCACCACCGGGCUCGAUCGUUGCUCCCAACGGCUUUCCCGCCGACCCGCGUCCACCCAAUGCUCCCCAACUCUUCCUCGACGCAAUGGAUGUCCGGAUACGCGUCUUCUGCGAUGAGCAGAAUUGCGCUCUCGAACCCGAGCUAGACGAGGACGACCCUCGCUCCUGGCACUGGGUCGCCUACCAACAACCACGAAAUGGUGAACCCCAGUCCGCAAGACCAGUGUCAGUGAUCCGCAUCGUCCCGCCGCCGCACGCAGCACACCCGAACGGGUUCGAGGACCCGAACGAGGAGCCCUAUUGUAAGUUGGGACGGGUGGCGACGCUGAAGGAGGUGAGAGGUCAAGGGCUCAGUCGGGCGUUGGUGGACGCGGCUUGUAAGUGGCUGGCUACGCAUGCUCGUGAGGUUGGCGGGGGUUGGCAGGGAAAUCUGCUGGCGCAUGCACAGCUGGAGGUUGAGAAGAUGUAUGAGCGGCAGCAAUUCGUGACUGAUGAAAGGCUCGGCAGAUGGGACGAGGAGGGCAUUGUGCAUGUUGGGAUGUGGAGGAGAGUGAAGCUUCAAGGGACGCCGUGA